GAGCCCGGACGUCCGUUGCGACGACAUGGCCGGACCCGGCACCUGACCCGCCGGCGCCCACGAGGACUCCUCCGCCCGCCCGAGUCGAGAUCUCGACCUCGCAACCAUGAGGAUCAAAAUGCCCGCCGUCAGGAUCGCCCAAGCGGAAACUUCGCAAGGCUCUUCGCCUGACACCGUCCAAUGCGGAGGCUGCAGAGCCUCCUACCCCCUAGCCGAUAUCGUGCGGUUUAUCGAGCACAAGGUUAACCACUGUCGGAGCUCCCUUCAGGGCUGCCACAGCCCUCCGCCGGCAGCGGCUCCGGAGGACUCCGACCCCGAAGACGCCCUGGCCCUGAAAGCGGAGCAGGAGAAGGUGAGCUCGGUGCCGAGCAUAUCUGCCCCCAUCAACAAGAGGGGUAGUCGCCUCGAGAGUCCACCUACCCCCCAGGGCUCCGGCCCGGACGGCGGCAGCCCCAUAGAGCUCAGGGCCAACGCCAGCUCCACCCCCAAGAGGCGGACGGAGGGCCAGGAGGAGGACAAGGAGGACCUCCCCAAGAAGCAGAAGACCGAGUCCGUCAACGCCGACACCAACACCGUCAACUCCGAACCAAGAUGGCUGCAAUGCUCCCAAUGCUCGCGUCGACCAACCUCGGCCUGGGAGCUGCUGCAACACGUGCAGAGCGUGCACGGGGCGCGGCUCUAUACCUCGUCCUCGUCCUCGGGGAACUCGACGUCGAACACGCCGGCGCCGAGUCCGCCGACGCCGACGCCGACGCACGUCCACCACCUGAGUCCGCCGAACCACCUGAACCUGAGCGGCAAGUCGACCGGGAGUUCCUCGGCGGCGAACUCCUCGGGAGGGACGAAUUCGAGCGGGAGCAGCGGAGGACGACAACUGCAGUCCUCGGCGACGCUGGUCGGAGACCCUCUGCACAGUUUCCUGAGAGUGCCGCCACACCUGGAGCGGACAUUUCCACCCAUGUUCAGGCCAGACUUCCUGGCACUGAACCCCCUGGCGGCUAGUUAUCGGGGUCUACAGGACCUGCAAACCGCCACCAGGAGCCUCCAGAACCUGGGGGACCCACUGCGCGGCAUGGACGGCCUAAACCUGGGGGACUCGCUAGUCAGGAGUUCUCUGGACUCGCUGAACAACGCGCGGAACCUGGCCAACCUGGCGGAGCUGUCCCAUGGUCGUGGACUGCCCACCCAGGGCCAUCCGCCACUCCCUCUAGAAGCUAAUCUGGAUUUUUACUCGGCGCGCCUAAGGAGCCUCGCUAACCCGUCCUUAGGCGCGGCUCCGAAUCCCAACCCCACAAACCCUGGUCCUCAAGGCGUCCCUGGUGUCCCCGGGGUCCCCCCAGAACCACCCAGUCCGGUCGCGAACCCCCCAGCGAGCGCAGCCGCGGCGACCGUUGUCGCGUCUACCCUGGUCCAUCCCCAUCAGAAGGAGAACUCACCGCCCUGCUAUACGCAGAGCCCCGUUGGCCACCACAACAACAACAACAACAAUUCCACCGACAGUGAGAAAACUAGCCCACCCGUUGCAUCGACCCCCAUCAUCGUGGACUCCGAGACGGUCUUUACCUGCGAGGUCUGCGACAAGAAGUUCCGCUUCCAGUCGAACCUGAUGAACCACAGACGGAGCCACCAGGACAAGGACCGAGUGGCCUACCAGGAGACGGCACAGGACGCUUCCUCCCAGAGGUGCGAGGUGUGCGAGUUGGAGCUAUCGAGUUUCGCGGAGCUGCGAAAGCACAUGAGGAAGGAGCACCAGGAUAACGUCAACGUGGCGGCCAGCCCUCAAGGUAGCGUGGAGACCGUCCCAGACGACGGCAGCAGCUGCGACGAGAACAUGGACCUGGACGAGGCAGAUGAAGGGGACCCGAAGGGCGGCGAUGACGCCGAAGAAAACACCCCCGAGGAUCUCAGCACCACCCAAGGCCAGAACAGCGAAGACGGAGGUGGCGGAGGUGGCGGUGGCGGUGGAGGCAGGUCCGAACAGAAACCCAGCCUCGUCGGGGACCUCAUGGAGAAGUUCGGCCUCAGCAACAUCGCGCAGUACUCCGAGGCCUACAGGCAGGCUCUUCAGGAAAACCAUCGCGGGGGCUUCAUCAAGACGGAGUCCCCGGCAAACAGUCUGACCAACUCUCUAAACAACAACAAGGAGAAGGACAGUGCCCUCUCGCCCACGAACUUCAACUCCGGUGCUACCCCGAACAUCUUCUCCGGCCAGGGGUUCCCCAGGUCGGCAGGGCCAGACUUUGGAGGCCUCUGGUUGCCGAACCCACACUACCUGGAGAACAACGAGUUCCGAAAGGCCUCCAAAGCCACCACCUCCAGUCUCUCCCUGCAAGGUCUACCCAGCCCGCUCCUGAAGAAGGAACGCAGCGGGCGAAACGACACUUGCGAGUUCUGCGGCAAGGUUUUCAAGAACUGCUCCAACCUGACGGUCCACCGAAGGUCCCACACUGGUGAAAAGCCCUACAAAUGCGACCUGUGCACCUAUGCUUGUGCCCAGAGCUCGAAGUUGACGAGGCACAUGAAGACGCACGGUCGCGUGGGUAAGGACACCUAUAAGUGUCGGUUCUGCGAGAUGCCCUUCUCUGUGCCCAGCACCCUAGAAAAGCACAUGCGGAAGUGCGUGGUGGUGGUGCAGCAGGGCCCGAAGCUGGGCAUCCCGUACCCGGGAAGUCAGGACGAGGACUCGUCGGUCAGUACCAAGGAUACUUGAUCGUGGAACGGCAGCCUGCCGCCUAUACCACCGUUAUGGCCGCACAGGCCGCCCUAUCCGGUGUACUAGACACGUACAGCCCGGUGUACCGAGAGGACCGAGGUCCCUGAAGAAGACCCGGAAGAAGGUUCCUGAACGGCGGAAGCACGGACUCUUCAAGGAAGGCCGGGGCGGAGCCGGAACGGAAGGAGCACCAGGAAGGACCCGACCUCGUCUCCGAUGGUGGAGGCGAGAGUCCUGCGGGACCAGCGACCCUGAAAUGGUCAACUCAGCUGAACACUCACGGACACAGGGUCCCGAUGGAGGAGCACGAAGACUUUCGUCCAAGAGACGAUAACCCGGAGCCCCCCGUGGCUCCGCCUUCUCCACCCCCUGUGGGUGGGGAACCUAACCUCAAAAGAUCUGCGGUCACCCCGACCGUGUAUUCACACACAAAGAGACGCACUCUCGCGGCCGGGCCGAGAAUCGAGUCCGGCGCGACGCCACUGUAAAUCUCCUUGUACACAUACCGAUAUACAUACUAUACAUAGCUCCGACGGCAUAGCGACUUUAUUAUCACAUUUGAAGAUUAUUUAUUUAAUAACGACGUAACGUACCGUAAUAUAUACAUAUAAAUACGUGAAUAUACGGAGAUAUAAAUAU